UGUGUGUGUGUUUAUAUAUAUUUUUGAGACAAAUUUGAUUCAUGAACUUGGAAUCUUUCAUGCUUGCUCUUCUCCAACUCUGAUUCUUCAAGAACCUGUCGUCGCAGAUUUGCUCAACAAAUUAAUCAAUUUGAUCUCUGUGUUCGAGAGAGAAGCGGCGUAGUUUUCCCUCUCUCGCAGGCUAGGGUUUGCAGUGCAACUUCGGCUGGCCGGAACACUCGGAGGCAGCACGUAUAUAUCGCGGAGAAGAAGCUCUCUUACUUCGGCUUUUGCUGUCGGAAGGCUGCUUGUACUGGCUGCUGUCUGCCUGCCGAAGUUUUGUCUCAGAAUUCGUCGCCGAUUGCUUUGAGGUAACAAGUAUCAUAUCUAUUGGUGUUAGUGACAUUACCCCAAUAAGGAGCCUAUCAAACCAAAGCACUUGUGGAUGUUACUUGGCGUGCGUUGAAUGGUUGCCACCAUGGACUUAAAUGCCUCACCACAACCAGAAGAAGAUGAAGAGACUUUUGUUCCACACUUAGAAGAAGAAACUGCACCAGAACAUGUUGAACACAUAGAGUCUGCAGUUGAAAUCUCCCGUCGGGAACGUGAAGAAAGACGUCAGCGGCUAAAGAGAGAACGCCCAGAUGACAGACUGACACAUGCAUCUCAGCCAACUAUUUAUGACCAAACGUAUCCGAAAAACUAUAGAACUUAUGAUAGGAAUAAGCUUCCCCCUGGCUGGUUGGAUUGUCCUUCAUUUGGGCAGGAAAUUGGGUGCAUUAUUCCUUCUAAAGUUCCACUUGGUGAAUCCUUCAAUGACUAUAUUCCUCCUGGUAAAAGAUACUCUUUUAAGCAAGUGAUUCAUCAACAGAGAGUUUUAGGAAGAAAACUUGGUUUAGUGAUUGAUCUCACAAAUACUACUCGUUACUAUCCAGCAUCAGAUUGGAAGAAAGAAGGUAUUAAGCAUGUUAAGAUACAAUGCAAAGGGCGUGAUUCUGUACCUGACAAUGAAUCUGUAAAUUGCUUUGUCUAUGAGGUUGCACAGUUCCUCUCCCGUCAAAAGCACUCAAAGAAGUACAUUCUUGUCCAUUGCACACAUGGCCAUAACCGAACAGGCUAUAUGAUAGUUCAUUAUCUGAUGCGUACACUGUCUAUACCUGUCACACAGGCAAUUAAAAUGUUCGCUGAUGUACGCCCACCAGGGAUCUAUAAACCAGACUAUAUUGAUGCCUUAUACAACUUCUAUCAUGAAAGAAAGCCUGAAAUGGUUGUUUGCCCUCCAACUCCGGAGUGGAAAAGGUCUUCUGAUUUUGAUCUUAAUGGUGCUGCAGUGCCAGAUGACGAUGAUGAUGGAGUUGCAACCCCCCCCCUUCCUCAGGAGAAUCAAGAGAUAAUAGACAUGGUGAUGACAAAUGACGAUGUUUUGGGAGAUAGUAUACCCUUUGAUCAGCAAGUUGCAUUGCGGCAGUUCUGCUAUCAAGCAUUGAAGCUGGCUGUAGGGGGAAGAGGAGCCUCACAAUUCCCGGGCUCACAUCCAGUUUCACUUGACAGGGAUAACCUACAAUUAUUAAGGCAAAGGUAUUACUAUGCGACAUGGAAAGCGGAUGGAACACGAUAUAUGAUGCUAAUUACCGUGGAUGGUUGUUACUUGAUCGAUAGGAAUUUUAACUUCCGAAGGGUCCAGAUGAGAUUUCCAUGCAAAAGCACUAGUGAAUCUUUACCUGAGAAGGUUCACCACUAUACAUUGCUUGAUGGGGAGAUGAUAAUUGAUACUUUACCAAACUCAAAGAAGCAGGAAAGAAGAUACCUGAUCUAUGAUCUGAUGGCAAUUAAUUAUAUCUCUGUCAUAGAGCGACCUUUUUAUGAACGAUGGAAGAUGCUUGAAAAAGAAGUCAUCGAACCUCGGAACCAGGAAAGACAAUAUAUAUACCAAAGUAAAAACCCAUACUACAGAUAUGAUUUGGAACCAUUCAGGGUGAGGAGGAAGGACUUUUGGUUGCUCUCUACUGUUAACAAACUUCUGAAGGAAUUCAUACCAAGACUUUCGCAUGCUGCAGAUGGUCUCAUUUUUCAGGGAUGGGAUGAUCCUUAUAUUCCCCGAACACAUGAAGGCCUCUUAAAGUGGAAAUAUCCUGAGAUGAACUCUGUUGACUUUCUGUUUGAGGUGGUUGAUGAUCACCAGCAACUUUUUUUGCAUGAACGAGGCAAAAGAAGGCUGAUGGAAGGGAAUAGGGUUGUAUUCCGUGAUGAUUCGGAUCCUGCCUCAUUCUCGGGGAAGAUCAUCGAAUGUUCUUGGGAUCAAGAGGCAAAUGUAUGGGUUUACAUGCGCCACAGGACAGAUAAAGAUACCCCAAAUGAAUUCAAUACCUACAGGAAGGUGAUGCGAAGCAUAAGGGACAAUAUCACGGAGGAGGUCUUGUUGGAAGAGAUCCAGCAAAUAAUUUGCCUCCCCAUGUAUGCAGAUAGGAUACGCAAUGAUAGCAAAGCUCAUCACCACUCAAAUUCUGCACGCCGAAGAUGAAGGGCCGAUGAGUGGAAAGGAAGUCCAUGAAGGAGAGGCAUCCGUGGAGACUUGUAGCUGUAGGACAACUCCCAUUGACGAUGAGGUCUUCCCUGGGCCCCAAAGUAAUUGCUGGAAGUCAAUAGUAGUAGCAUGAAGGGUUACCGAAUUAGUAUGUAAUUAUCUACCCGUGUAGUUAACAUAGGCCAUGCCGGUGAAUUGUAUGAUCCAGUCGGUGCAUUAGUUGUCCUUCACAUCCCGCAGGUUUUCGUUUCUGAUAGCAGUAGGGUAAGGGUAGUUAUGUAUAUGAGCCGCUCAGAAAUUUUCAUUUUCUCCUUAGUUAGUUGUUGGUAAGUUAUAAAAGUUUGCCAUUUUCAGCAGAA